CGGAUGAUCGCGGGCGGGCGGAGCCAAGUAGGAGGAAAUGGUCUAGUUGGCUCUGGAUGCUUCAAGAAAACCGGCGACGAGCAUCCAUACCCGGCAGUUUGAUCGUACGUCUUCGCUGCUGUCAGUCCAUCACUGCAACAGCAAUCAAGCAAGAUACCUCUCUCAAGCAAAACGUCAUUGAUUUACUGGAACACGUCUCCAUUUAGCGAACGCUACUUAUAAACCGAGCAACAGUUGUAUGCUGCAGUUUCUAGAAACACCUGUGAACGGCUCGGAGAUUAAAUAGAUAAACGGCUGCAGGAUGGAGACGCAGAUACAUGUGCCUGUCGGCUCGCCGGUAGUUAGAAAAAUCCCCAUCUUCGUGGACGAACACAACGUGACGGAGGGAGCGAUGAAGCUCAUUAAACAGCUGAGACCGGCGUGGGACACCAGCCAUGUAAAGACCAAGCUCUUCACUGAUGGAACCACCAACAAGCUGGUGGGCUGCUAUGUGGAGGACAGUCCAGAAGACGUGGUCCUGGUGCGAGUAUACGGGAACAAGACAGAGCUGUUUGUGGACAGAGACAAUGAGCUUAAAAGCUUUCAGGUGCUACAUGCUAAUGGAUGUGCCCCUCGCCUCUACUGCAGCUUUCAGAAUGGUAUCUGCUAUGAGUUCAUGCAGGGGGACGCUCUCGGGACGCAGGAUGUCAGAGAUCCUUCCUUGCUCAGACUGAUAUCCAGGGAGAUGGCUUGUAUCCAUGCCAUCCAUGCACACAAUGGCUGCGUCCCCAAACCCAACCUCUGGAUCAAGAUGCGAAAAUACUUCUCUCUUGUGGCCACCGAGUUCACCGACCAAGCGUCCAAUGUCAGAAUCCAGCAGGAAGUUCCCAGCAAGGCGGUGCUGGAGCAGGAGAUGGUGUGGAUGAAGGAGCAUCUCUCCACUCUUGGCUCCCCUGUGGUGCUCUGCCACAAUGACCUGCUCUGCAAGAACAUCAUCCACAACAGCAAAGAGGGUCAUGUUCGCUUUAUAGACUAUGAAUACUCCAGCUACAACUACCAGGCCUUCGACAUCGGCAACCACUUCAAUGAAUUUGCAGGAAUGGCAGAGCUGGACUAUGGGCUCUACCCCAGUCGGGAGAUGCAGAUGGACUGGCUCAAAGAGUACCUGCAGGCAUACAAACUCUUCACCAUGAAAACAGAGGAGGUCAGCCCGCGGGAGCUGGAGACGCUCUAUGUACAGGUCAACAAGUUUGCUCUGGCUUCUCACUUCUUUUGGGGCUUCUGGGCGCUCAUCCAGGCCAAAUAUUCCUCCAUUGACUUUGACUUCCUCGGGUACGCUGUGCUACGUUUCAACCAGUACUUCAAGACCAAACCUGCAGUUAUGGCCCUGCAGAUCCCAGAAUGAGAGGAGAAGGACCGACUGCGGAGAGAAGACCGGAGGGAGGGUGGAACAGGUUUUCUGCUGCGAUGUCCUGUAGGGUGGGAACUCUUCUCUGUGAGCCAGCUGUUGAUGGACCACUGCUUGGUCUUCCUCUUUCAUCACAACUCUAGCUCAAGAAUGAUAAAACUUCCAUGGGUUAUGUGUGUGUGUGAGUUUAUGCUUGUGUAUGUUGGUGUUCUUAAUUUAUCUCGGUAAAAACCCAACGUGUUUCUUUCCCUCUUCAGGCAACUGAACAAGGCGUAGUGAGCACAGCAGCCUACAUUUUGGGGUAGAGAUCACAGACUUAAAACUUGCUUUAAUGUCUGUCACUCGGGCGCCAAAAUGUUCCACAACGCUGGAAAUGAAGUUCCAAAGAGGGACGAGACUGUUGAGGGUUUGAUGCUGACAUUGACAGAUGACUGACUACAGAGGCAUUUCACCUGUGAUUCCUCAGAUUUAGCAUGUGGGGUGUGUGGUGAUACCAUACCUCCUCCUCCUCUCUGCAGAUAUUUUAACACUUAAGUUGAUUUGUGCGCUCUUUCCUUUUUCUUUCCUCCAUCUUUGAUGCUAAGUGCUCGUAGCUGCAGUAUUUCUGCACUGCACUUCCCAGAGAUCAACUGUGCAUCGAACACUGUGGGCGGUUCAUCUUUCCUCUGAUUUUGUUGAUUUUUUUUUUUUCUGUUAUUGUAGUUUGAGCUUUUGUCAGUUAUUCCAAGCAAACUGCUGCUGCUGCUGCUGCUAGACAUGUAAAACCAACUUUUCUGUGUGCUAGUGGACUUUUCCCCUGAAAGGACCUACCAGACACUGUGUGUGUGUGGAACAGCAAAUGGAAAAGCUUUCCAUACACUGGCUGAAGGUUGCAUCACUAUUGUGUUAUAGCAAUCAGUGAUAGAGAGUAGCUAAAUGUGCAUUUAUUUAUUCAUGUAUGUGAAGACAUUAACAUCUCAGGUGAAACAA